ACAGAUUGCAGAGAGAGAAAGAGAAAGAAAGAAAGAAAUAAGAGAGAGAGAGAAAGCUCAACAAACCCAGAGACUCUUACGGAGAGACAUGGCCAUUCGCCAUUAAUGCAAAGCUCAACUACCAUAUUUGCUCACCACAAUUAGUACUACCACUACUACUUCUCUCUCACAACACAUACACACACACACACUCUCUCUCUCAUCAGAAAUGGCAGGCUCACAUUACCCUACUUUCUCUUAGCUUCUUCUUGUCCUUCCUCUUCUCUUGGCUGAGGAUUUCCUUCCUUUUUUUUGGCGAUUUUGUACUUUCUGUGACCGGAGAUGUGGAACUCGGGGGAGAACGUUUUCGCUCGAUCGGCGUCGUACAAGGAGGACGGCGACGACGAGGAGGCGCUCCGGUGGGCGGCGCUGGAGAGGCUUCCGACGUACAAGCGCGUCCGCCGUGGCAUUUUCAAGAACAUCGUCGGAGAUACCAAGGAGGUCGACGUCAGCGAGCUCGAAGCUAACGAGCAGAAGCUCCUCCUGGAGCGACUGGUCAAUGCCGUCGACGACGAUCCCGGUCUUUUCUUUGAUCGGAUGCGGCGCAGAUUCGACGCUGUGGAUUUAGAGUUUCCGAAGAUUGAGGUUCGAUAUCAGAAUUUGAAGGUCGAAGCGUUCGUCCAUGUGGGAAGCAGAGCGUUGCCGACCAUUCCUAAUUUCGUUUCAAAUAUGACCGAGGCUUUCUUAAGGCAGCUUCGGAUAUACAGAGGACAGAGAAGCAAGUUGACGAUUUUAGACUCCGUAAGUGGGAUCGUAAGGCCUUCUAGAUUGACGCUGCUGUUGGGUCCUCCAAGCUCUGGAAAGACCACGCUUUUGCUGGCUCUUGCUGGACGGCUAGGACCUGAUCUGCAGAUGUCAGGGGGCGUCACAUAUAAUGGGCAUGGCUUUACUGAGUUUGUUGCUCAAAGGACAUCUGCAUAUGUCAGUCAACAGGACUGGCAAGUGCCAGAGAUGACUGUAAGGGAAACUCUUGAGUUUGCAGGGCGCUGUCAAGGUGUCGGAUUUAAAUACGAUAUGCUAUUGGAACUUGCAAGAAGGGAAAAGAUUGCUGGGAUAAAACCUGAUGAAGAUCUUGAUUUAUUCAUGAAGUCGUUAGCUCUUGGAGGGCAGGAGACAAGGCUAGUGGUGGAGUAUAUCAUGAAGAUUUUAGGGUUGGAUAUAUGUGCCGACACCUUGGUGGGAGAUGAAAUGCUUAAGGGGAUCUCAGGGGGGCAAAAGAAGCGACUUACUACAGGUGAAUUGCUAGUAGGUCCAGCGAGAGUUCUGUUCAUGGAUGAAAUAUCAAACGGGCUUGAUAGUUCAACUACUUAUCAAAUCAUCAAAUAUCUUAGGCAUUCAACUCGUGCACUGGACGGGACGACUGUUAUUUCUCUCCUUCAACCUGCUCCCGAGACCUUUGAGUUGUUUGAUGAUGUCAUUCUUUUGUGUGAAGGCCAAAUUGUAUAUCAGGGUCCUCGUGAAGCUGCUCUUGAUUUCUUUUCAUCUAUGGGAUUUAGCUGUCCCGAGCGAAAGAAUGUUGCAGACUUCUUGCAGGAAGUAAUAUCAAAGAAGGACCAACAACAGUAUUGGUCCAAUCCUGACCUCCCUUACCGCUAUGUACCAGUGGGAAAGUUUGCUGAAGCUUUUCGUUCGUUUCACAUUGGGAAAAAUUUAUCUGAAGAACUAAACCUUCCUUUUGAUAGACGCUAUAACCACCCGGCUGCCUUGUCAACUUCUCGUUAUGGUAUGAAGAGGCUUGAGCUUCUCAAAACGUCUUUUAACUGGCAGAGGUUGUUGAUGAAGCGGAAUUCAUUUAUAUAUAUCUUCAAAUUCAUUCAGCUUCUUUUCGUUGCUUUGAUAACAAUGAGUGUCUUUUUCCGAACAACAAUGCACCACAAUUCAAUAGAUGAUGGGGGCUUAUAUCUCGGGGCACUGUACUUUUCAAUGGUUAUAAUUCUUUUUAACGGAUUCACGGAGGUGUCAAUGUUGGUUGCCAAGCUUCCAGUUCUUUACAAGCAUAGAGACUUGCAUUUCUACCCAAGUUGGGCUUAUACACUACCUUCUUGGGUCUUGAGUAUUCCAACUUCACUUAUGGAGUCUGGCUUUUGGGUUGCAAUCACAUACUAUGUGAUUGGAUAUGAUCCUGCAGUCACUAGAUUUUUGCGCCAGCUUUUGUUAUAUUUCUUGCUGCACCAAAUGUCUAUAGCUCUUUUUCGUCUAAUGGGAUCCCUGGGAAGAAAUAUGAUAGUUGCAAACACCUUUGGAUCUUUUGCCAUGCUGGUUGUUAUGGCACUUGGAGGAUACGUCAUUUCAAGAGAUCGUGUCCCAAGAUGGUGGAUCUGGGGUUUCUGGUUUUCUCCUCUGAUGUAUGCUCAAAACGCAGCAUCUGUAAAUGAAUUUCAUGGGCAUUCCUGGGAUAAGGUACUUGGGAAUAUUACCAGUUCUACUUUAGGAGAGGCAGUAUUAAAAGCACGCAGUUUGUUUUCUGAAAGCUACUGGUAUUGGAUUGGUGUUGGUGCAUUGCUUGGAUAUACAGUUUUGUUCAAUGCACUGUUCACGUUCUUCCUAUCUUACCUUAACCCUUUGGGAAGGCAGCAGGCUGUAGUCUCUAAGGAAGAGUUACAAGAGAGAGAAAAAAGAAGGAAAGGAGAACCUGUUGUCAUUGAGCUUAGACACUACUUGGAGCAUUCAGGGUCCUUAAAUGGAAAAUAUUUCAAGCAAAGAGGCAUGGUUCUACCAUUCCAACCACUUUCCAUGGCUUUCAGCAAUAUCAAUUACUAUGUUGAUGUUCCCUUGGAACUGAAGCAGCAAGGAGUUGUAGAAGACAGAUUGCAGCUGUUGAUUAAUGUUACUGGAGCAUUCAGGCCUGGAAUUCUUACGGCAUUAGUCGGGGUGAGUGGUGCUGGAAAAACAACCCUCAUGGAUGUAUUAGCUGGUAGAAAAACAGGUGGGAUCGUUGAAGGGAACAUUUAUAUAUCUGGUUAUCUGAAAAAACAAGAAACAUUCGCAAGAGUUUCUGGUUACUGUGAGCAGACUGAUAUUCAUUCUCCUGGCUUGACCAUUCGUGAAUCACUUUUGUUCUCUGCUUGGCUUCGCUUACCGCCAAAUGUUGGCUUGGACACACAAAAGGCUUUUGUGGAUGAGGUAAUGGAGCUUGUGGAACUCACUUCCUUGAGUGGGGCAUUAGUUGGUCUACCUGCAGUUGAUGGUUUGUCGACAGAACAGCGAAAAAGGUUAACAAUAGCAGUUGAGCUAGUUGCAAACCCUUCUAUAGUAUUUAUGGAUGAGCCCACAUCGGGGUUGGAUGCAAGGGCUGCAGCCAUUGUGAUGAGGACGGUGAGGAACAUUGUGAAUACUGGACGGACAAUAGUUUGCACCAUUCAUCAACCCAGCAUAGACAUAUUUGAAUCCUUUGAUGAGCUUUUGUUUAUGAAGCGUGGAGGGGAGCUCAUAUAUGCUGGUCCUCUUGGUCCAAGGUCAUGUGAGCUCAUAAAGUAUUUUGAGGCAAUCGAAGGGGUGCCAAAGAUCAGGCCUGGAUAUAAUCCUGCUGCAUGGAUGCUUGAUGUUACUUCUUUAACUGAAGAGAACCGCUUGGGUGUUGACUUUGCGGAAAUUUAUCGAGAAUCGAAUUUAUUUCAUGGUAACAGAGAGUUGGUUGAAAGCCUAAGCAAGCCCAGUUCUAAUGUGAAAGAACUGUCUUUCCCGACCAAGUAUUCCCAAUCAUUUUUUGAACAGUUUAUCACUUGUCUUUGGAAGCAAAACCUGUCUUACUGGCGAAACCCACAAUAUACUGCAGUUCGUUUCUUUUACACUGUCAUUAUCUCAUUGAUGUUUGGAACCAUAUGCUGGAGAUUUGGUGCGAAAAGGGAGAGCCAGCAGGAUAUAUUUAAUGCCAUGGGAUCCAUGUACGCAGCUAUCCUAUUUAUCGGAAUCACCAAUGCCACCGCUGUUCAACCUGUUGUAUCUGUCGAAAGAUUUGUCUCCUACAGAGAGAGAGCUGCAGGGAUGUACUCGGCUCUACCAUUUGCGUUUGCUCAGGUUGCAAUAGAGUUCCCCUACGUCUUUGCACAAUCCAUGAUUUACUCCUCAAUCUUCUACUCCAUGGCUUCAUUUGAGUGGACAUUUUUGAAAUUCGUUUGGUACAUAUUCUUCAUGUUUUUUACCAUGCUAUACUUCACCUUCUAUGGAAUGAUGACAACUGCUGUCACACCAAACCACAAUGUGGCCGCCAUCAUUGCUGCUCCAUUUUAUAUGCUCUGGAACCUUUUCAGCGGCUUUAUGAUCCCUCACAAGAGAAUACCGAUAUGGUGGAGAUGGUACUACUGGGCCAACCCUGUGGCCUGGAGUCUUUAUGGCCUCCUGGCUUCGCAAUACGGCGACGAUAACACACUUGUGAAGUUAUCAGAUGGAAUUCACCAGGUAACUGUGAAGAGGUUGCUCAAAGUAGUAUUUGGUUGCAGGCAUGAUUUCCUGGGCAUAGCAGGGAUUAUGGUGGUUGGUUUCUGUGUCUUUUUUGCUAUGAUUUUCGCCUUUGCGAUAAAAUCCUUCAACUUCCAGAGGAGAUGACAGGGUCACGAAUUGCAUACCAGAAUAAAAUUACUUAAAUACUGUGUGUUUUAGAGUCAUUUCAUGGAUUACAAAGUAUAUGGUCGUCAGCUCCACGUCAAGGAAAACUGCUGAAGUGUGGAUUUCUGUAUAGUAACGUGAUUAUAGAACGAUUUACAUUAUUCAUUUUUCCUAGAGAGAAGCAUAUAAUUAAUGCCAGUUGUUAGCUCGGGAAAUUUAUGUACUGUCAUAAUAAUGCUUAUAUGAUAUUUCAGAAUUAUAUUGUGUUAUACAAUUCAA